ACACGGACGCAUGUGGUUCGGCUACACUGAUAAAACAUUUCAACGUGUCAAGAGACUUGUAGCUGCUGUCGAGCUGUCCACCACAAACAUUCUGCUUCCGACAGACACAGUCACUCUUCUUUCUUCUCUCAAGCUGGCGAAGGCACUUGAAGCUCACCGUUUAUAAUGUCUCAGGCCACCAAACGCAAACACGUUGUCAAGGAGGUUCUUGGAGACUUUGUCACGCCCACAGAAAACCAGCAGAUUGUGAAGGUUAUUGGUAGCCGUGGUAACAACCUCCAUGAAACUGUCACGGCUCAGGGGGAGACCUUCCUGGUGAGCAUGCCCACCAAAUUCCGCAAGAACAUCUGGAUCAAGAGAGGUGACUAUGUGAUUGUGGAUCCUAUCGAGGAAGGAGAGAAGGUGAAGGCAGAGAUCAGCUUCAUUCUCUACAAAGAUCACAUUCAGUACCUGCAGAAACAGCAGCUCUGGCCAGAGGGGUUUAUGGAGGAGCCGUCAGCGCAGGACAAGACAGACAAACAGCAGGAGACAGAAGAAAAGGACGAGGAAGAGGAAGUUAGCGACUCUGAAGACGAUGAGAGCGACCUCUUUGUGAACACCAACCGCCGUAACUACCAGUACAGUGAGAGCGAGGAGGAGGACGACAGUGAGGAAGAAAAUGAGGACAAAUAGGGAAGGACAGAAAAUGGUUCAUAGCGAGAGCACGGAGGAAACGGACAACUGAGAGUGAGAGUUGUGAAAUCAUGUGACAGUGUGCUCUGCUGUACUGCUGUUAUCACUGACUGAUAUGAGGUGGUCCUCAUGCUACAGCUCCUUCUGCAGUUGUCCUUUCACAAGCUGUUGGAGACACCAUAAAUGGCUGGCCUCACUGAGUGGACUUGAACUUACAAAGUAAGGACAAAAUACGUCUGGCUUUGGGGCUUUUUUUUUUUUUUUUUUUUAAAGCUGUAAUUAGUCAGUAAGUUGAAAUUGAUCAGAAAUUGAAUAAGAAUCCUGUGAUUUUCUAUGUUAGAAAUUUGGUAGGAUAAGUUUCUACUGUCAUCUUACUGAGAACAUGUCUCACACUCAAGCAUGUUUAUAUACCAACCUCCAGCAAAGUCAUUACUGUAUUGCCAGCACAUAAUAUACCCGGGCAAUACAGUACAUUCGCAGGGUAAUGCUAAUGUAAACUGUUCUAUCUAUCUGUUCAUCUUCCUCUGUAGGACAAAAUAAAUCUGUUAGAAACUCACAAAAAUUGCACCACUCAAAAAAUUCAUUGUUGUCACUGUUAAAAAAAAGAACAAAAAAAACAUGAUUGUCAUGUUUGGUUUAUUUGCUGGGUUGUAAGACCUGUAAGACCAGUCCUGCGGAGGACAUUGUUUUAACUGAUUAGACCGUCACCACCCCCUCACAGAGCCGCUCUCUAGUGCUGAUUGUUUGAUUUGAAUUCAAAUGAGUGCUGCCACUAACCACAGUUCUUUAUUUUGUCCCAAGCGUGUGCAGAUGUGUCAGAUUGCUCUAGUUUCAUCUGACCUUGUCUCAGGCUGUAUCAUUGUGACUGGUUUGUGCCUCAUCUUUUACCACCAUCCCUGCCUCUGAUUUUGGUUUGUAUAAUGACAAGAGUACUGGAAAUAGAUUCAUUCUUGAGUUUGACUUAAUAUCAUCCACUCCACGUCUUCCACUUAGAGAUUCAACAUUUUGUUUUGAAUGUCUUUUAUUCAAAGAGCUGUCUCCUCUGGAAUAAUUGUGCAGAGGUUUUACAAGCAUGAAGCAUAAACACAAUACUAUAUUGCAUUCCUAAAGAUAAGUUCAUAAUAUUUGAGGUGAAGCCGAUCAGGAGUUUCAUCCUGUUGUUAUUGGAACCGGUUCUACUGGAAUUGGAAUACCUGACAGUUUGUCCUCGUGGUUUGAUUGGUAAACACAGAAAUUAGUGGGAUGACAUGCUACAAAUACAACAUCCUGAGUGCCUACCUUACUGUCUUUACUGUCUUACUGCAGUAGUCUCUUUGUAUGUCUAGGAAGUCCAUGAUAAUGCUGUGAAGCAACAUUUGAAAUGUGAAAUAUUUUUGCAGAAAAACGUUUUAAUUAAGUAUUCAUGCCUAUUAAAGGUUUUCUUCAAAUAAUAUAAAGGUUUACGACGGUCGUAAACAAACACAGCUGCCACCAAAUUCUUCAAAUGAAUCAUUCUUAGCCAACAAUCAGAUGAGCCAAGGGUGUAAGUUUGGGUUCAGAGGACAAUGGGGGGGGGUCUUCAUGAAAUUGUUGCACAAUUAAUGCAUUAUCUCUACUUAGAAUUACCUUUCGUUUCAUUGAUAGACAAUUAUCUAUUUGCAUCCUCACUAAAAAGAGCAUUGUCUUGUGAAUGUAUGCAAAGAAUUUCUUGGCAUUAAAAGCACUUCCUGCUGGGGAGGGUGAACAUGAAGAA